CAGACAGAAACCAGUCAUCAGUUUCCUUUGAGUUGUGUACUUAUUGUCUAGUGCCACAAUUGUAAAAAUCUAGGAAUUAUGGGAUUUGUUGUAAGAGUAGGGUGGUAGAACGAGAGUGGUUGCUUGAGUUAAAUUUUCUGUCAUUGUAUUAAAUUGAUAGAAGUUUAAAUCAUCCAUAAAUAUGGUAAUAUUUGUAUAAAGGUUGAUUUUAUUUGGUGACAAAAGUUAGCAUUAUAUUUACACAUCAUGUCGUCAUUGACCUAUGUGAAAUAAAAGUAAUAUCUUAUUUGGUGACCAUAUUCCAUUUCAUGUUGACCAACGUGCAUGUUGAAACAAGGUUAUUUUUGUUAGCUAUUUUGAUUAAUUAAUUCAUAAAACAAUGAGUUCGUCAAAUUGGGUUGGUGACAAUAGAGAUAUGUCACCUGAUCGGAAUAAUCGGUACAGCCUGGACAGUGUGGGAUUGCAACUUGGACUACCAUUACAACUUUUGGGAGCUUCAUUGAUGGGUGAUUUGAACAACUCAAGACACAAUGGAAAUACAAGUGUACGCCGCAACAGAAAACAAGAAAAAAAACUUACAAUUCGGCAGACAGUUGAUGGCAUCCCCAUACGAAAAGUAUACAUCACCAAUAUCCACAUCGAGGUUGAUAGAUUCGAGAUUUAUAAUAUAUUUGGACCUUAUGGAAAGAUCAUGAAUGUAUUUUUAGGCAUUUCAAAGAAUGAUCAAUUAAAACAGUUUGCAUUCAUUACUUUUGCCCAUCCAAAGGAUGCAACACAAGUGUUGAAUAAGGGGAUGUUUUGCGAUGGCAAGCGACGUCGCAUGUACGCACUGGAAGCCGACAGCUGGCACCAGCCUCAGGAGGGGCCCGACGGUGAGGUCAUCUGGAGGAAGGUCCACAGGGCUCAGGCCAAAGUGGAGGAGGGAAGUGAAGAGGAUGAUGAGCAGGCUGCAGAAGGAGCAGAAAUACCACAGGAAACUGUACAAAUCCCUGAUGAGGGUCUAAAUACACUAAACGAUGAUUGCCUGCUUCACAUAUUUUCAUUCUUGAGCUACAAGGAGAUUGCUGGUGUAGAAAGAGUGUGCAAGCGUUGGCAAGCGCUGUCUUACCAAAUGUGGAGAUGUUUACACAAACUGGACUUCACCUCUCCACCGUUCAGGAGAAUGAAAAUGACCACACACACCCUGGAGCAGUACCUGAGACGCUGCGGAGAAGGCCUCACUUUACUGGACCUUUCGGUCAACAAUCAUUCCUUCAGCGAAAAGACAAUCAUUGUCGUGGCCAAGUAUUGCCCCAACCUGGAGAUACUCAGAAUAGCCAAUGUCCACUUGGUUCACAGGAGCUUGGCUCACCUCGGUCGCCGCUGUCCCAGGCUGAAAGAGCUUGUCUUGGAUGGUUGUUCCGAGUUUUGCGACACGGAUCUGAUGUCUCUGUUACCCAAGUGUCAGGAGCUAGACUACCUGGAACUCUCUCACACCAGCGGAAUCAACGGCAAGUGUCUGCUCAACGUGCAAGGACCUAUCACGAACCUGAAGCUCCGCAACUGUCCUGCCAUCGACGCCAACUACCUUGUAUCUGGGCUACAGAAAAUGUCGAGGACUCUUGAGAGCCUUACACUGAGUGCCUGUGGGUACCUGCGCGGCGGAGAGGUGGAGAGGAUUGUGUCAGCUGUUCCCAACCUCUCCUCACUGAGCAUCUGCCGCUGCUUCCCCCAGCUGGACUUCAAGUCCCUGAAACCCGUCGGUAAGCUCAGCAAGCUGACUGAGCUCAACCUACACCUCAACACUGCCGUCGAUGACGCUGUCCUCACAGCUAUCGUGGACGGCUGCGAGAACCUCACCACCAUCAACCUCAGUGGGAGUGGCUCCAUACUGACGGACAAGGGACUGUCCUUGUUGUCACGGCUCCCCAAGCUGGUGGACCUGGACAUCUCGUACCUGGAGGGUGCUAACAACGUGACGCUUAAGAGCCUGGCCGUGCGCAGUCAUCGUCUCAAGCGACUCUUGUGUCGCGGCUGUCCCGAUCUCACGGACGAGGGCAGUUCACAGGUGGUAUCGAUGUGCAAUGACCUUGAGCUGUUUGACCUGAGCGGGUGCAACAACAUAGGGGUGGCCACCGUGGAGGCAGCCCGCACCUCCGUCAAGAUGCGGACCAACAACGUCCCCCUCAAGUUGAUUGUAGGAGGUACCGAUGUGGAUUGCGCUCCUAACGACAAUGAGGUGCCCUUGCUCACAGUGGACCUGAUGGACCUCAGUGAGGAGCACUUGCGGCCGGACUUCAUUGACGACAUGUUCUUCCCUCCCUCGGACAGCGACUCUGACGAUGACCUUGAGCACCUCUGUGAGCAAAUUGGUUGCGAGUGUGAUUUCGAUUUCGAUGAUAUCAAUGACCCGACGCUUUUUCCUGGUGAUUUCGAAGAUGUGACUUCAAAGUACGUAGAAUAUUGUGACACUGAUGAAGCGGGUAAUUGGUUGAACAUAGUUGAUGAUGAUGGUGAAAUAGAAGAGGUUAUCUUCUGUGAUAACUGGAGUGAUUAGAUUGGGAAUUGUAGCACUACUGAAGAAAAAGAAGAUUUAAAAAAAGUGAUAAUUUGUACUGCACGACGCAGAAGAAAAUUUAUUGCAAGUUGUUUUAAAUUAUAUUUCAGUUACAUAAUAUUUUAUUAUUUCUUGUUUUGUACAUAAUACUGUAAUAUGGAUGUAGGUGUAAAAAGCUAUUUCAUUUUUACUAUUAACAUUUACAUGUCACUAGGUGAUUGAUAUUACAAAUGUAUAUGUUAGUGGAUUGUUUUGUUUCUAUCAUCACAUUUCAUAAUAGUUUGUAACAAAAUUAAGUUCUAAAAGCCAUCUGUUAUAAUAUAUAUAUCUCGCAACCGUUAUUUAUCGAUGUAUUUGAAGUUUGUUUGGACUGUAAACUUUCGCAUAUAUUUUAUUAGCGAUAUAUAAUAAAGCAUAAAAUGUUAAUGGUGAAUGCAUGAUUUUAAUUAAUUUCUUCCAAAUUUGUAAUUAACCUGAAAACAGGAUGGUAACAAGAUGGACUUUGUUUUUAUGGUUUGUAAAUACACCUGCACUCAAUAAUUGUUUGAAUGUAAUGUUUUAUUUUGGGUUUAAAAUAUCUUAAAAUAAAUAUAAUUCCUUCAAA